UAUUCCAAAAAUAUUUUAGAAAUUAAUUUGCAAAAAUGAUUUGUCUCUACCUACUACUGAUGUGUUCUGGAAGUAUAGCGGAAGAAUAUAUCAAGAUGAUAGAUUUUAGCAGUGUUGUGGGAGGGAAUGAUACUGCUACUCUUAAUGUUACAAUGGAUAAGGAAUUAUCUGGAGUGUUUUCUAUUUGUUUCUCCCAUCUUCAAAUGAAAAAUAUCUAUGGAACCUUGAUCCAAAUCCAGGAUAACACUGACAAUAAAUGGAUGACUUUAGCAUUCUACAUGGAAAAUAAAAAUGAAGCGAAUGAAAACUCCAUAACUUUAAUUUGGCUCAGGAUUGGAAGUAUAUCAGAAAGGGUGGGUGAUUUGGGUAAAAUUGCUUUGCCUAAAUGGUUUUUCUCCUGCUUGAAGAUUGACACUAAUCUUGGAACUUACAGCUUCAGGACAAAUGGAGUUAGUAUUGCUCAAAAUGUCUACCUUGACCAGCUGGAUAAAUUUUCUGCAACUCCAAAAUCUUUUUCAAAAAAUAUUAGGGUUGGACGAAUUGUAUAUAUUUCAGCUCAAAGUGUUUAUAAGUCCUAUAUUGGAAAUAUAAACAUAUUUGAUGGUACAGUAGAAAUAGAUAGUAUUGACUGUACUACGCCUGGAAACUAUCUAAGCUGGACUGACACAAAAUGGUCAUUUGCAUCAGGAAAUACUACUGAAGAAAUGACCAGGAAUUUAUCUGCAAAAAGUGUGUGCAAUUUGGAAUCAAGCAAUUUUCUUCUUGCCAUAAGUGCUCAAGCUACAUAUGAUGUUGCAGUAAAGAAUUGUAAAAACCUUGGUAAUGGAAAACUUCCAAGAUCAGAAUCAUUAGAAACCGGGCUGUCCUUAUCAGAAUCUUAUAAGUCAAUGAUGAAUUCCAGGAAAACCCUCUGGGCUCCAUACCAUGAUAAUGAGGAAGAAGAUGUUUAUCAAUAUGAGUAUGAUCCCACAGCAUCAGUAGUUCUAGAGUGGGUGCCAGGACAACCAAAUGGUGGAACAUCCCAGAACUGCGCACAAAUAUCAGCAUCUGUUCUUGGAUACAUCCUGGAUAACUACUGUACAUAUACCAGUAGUUAUCUUUGUGAAUUUCAGGAACUUGGAACACUUAAACUGAAAGGGCUAUGUUAUGAUAGUGUCAUUGACACAAUAUAUUCAGUAGUUAAUGAUGAAACCUUUAUAAAAUACAAUGGUUACAUUGAUACAGAUAUAGUUUACAACAUGGAGACACAACAGUGGAACAUUAUUUAUGAAGAGGAAAUAGUUGGAACAUCCUUGGCCUCUCAGGAGUCCUUGCUCCUAGGUAACUCUGACUGGUUAAUAUUUAACAACUCUGGAUGUUCGAACAACCAAGCAUACACAACAGAAAUCAAUCUAUCCUUCUGCACUAUGGAUGAGUUUAACUGUGGAGAUGGAGAUUGUAUAAGUUUGGAAAAAAGAUGUGAUGGACAAAUUAACUGUCCAGACAGCUCAGAUGAAGCAGAUUGUGCGAAGGUUGUAAUAAAUGAAGACUACAAUUCUAAUAUAAGUCCAUUGCCAAGUUCUAAAAAGAAGAAUGUUGAACUUAAAACUGACAUUGCAGUGUCAGUUGAUAUUCAAGACAUCAUUAGAAUAUCCGAGAUUGAAGGGGAGUUUGAGAUAAAAUCCCAUAUCUGGAUAGAAUGGUUUGAUCCAAGAUUACAAUUCAAAAAUCUGAAAAGGAACACAUUUGGAAACACUCUAAGUGAAGAAGAGGCAGAUUAUAUUUGGAAACCUGUUCUGAUUAUUGAUAAUAUCAAAGAGAUUGACAGUGUUCGACAUUAUAAAGAGGAUAAGAUAAGAGUUAAUGCAUCUAAGUAUGAAUACACAAACUCUGAAUAUACUGAUCUGAGAAACUCUCGAGUUUUUCAAGGAAGUUUGAAUUCUUUAGUUCUUGACAAGUAUUUAAGCACUUAUCUGAUCUGCAAUUUUGACAUGAGUUGGUAUCCAUUUGACAUCCAAAUAUGUUACAUCAACAUGACAGUUCUGGAUGAGGAUCAAAACUAUGUGAAUUUUAUCCCAAAUCAGCUGAUUUUAUCAACUGGACAGGGUAUGGUGACCUAUAGCGUAAUUUGCCUUGAAAUGACAAAAGUUGUUGAUGAGAAUAAUAAUGGAAUAGCCGUCGCAAUUACCUUAGGUCGUUCAAUAUCAACAUUCAUGGUCAUGGUUUUCUUACCAACUCUAGGCCUGGAUAUUAUUGGACAUUUGACAAACUUUCUAGAUGAAGAACAAAUAGAUACCAGGGUCAAUCUGAAUAUUACAGUUGUCCUGGUUCUCUCAGCAAUGUAUAUCGCAGUAAGUGAUUCUCUACCUAGAACCAAUAAUCUGAAAAUGGUAGAUCAAUGGCUUCUGUUUAGUUUGCUACUGCCUUUCUUUGAGCUAAUUCUUCAAGUUUAUAUCGACUGGGAGAGAAACAGGGAGGAAAUGCGUGUUGGGUCUGCUGGAAUGGGAACUGGAAGUUUUAAAAAAGUAUCUCAACAGUUCUCUGGUAGAAAAAGGAUAAAGUAUGUGUACUUUGUUCUCAUCAUUGUGAAACCUAUAAUAAUAGUUCUAUACGUAAUAGUUUUCUUUGCAACUGGCAUGGACAAAAGAAAAUCAUUGCAAUGCUAGAAUAUGAGGUGGAAGAAAUCUGGGUUGCGAAUGCGAUUAUAAUUCAAGGAAAAGCAAUUAAGGCUCAGUGUUGUCUUAAGUACAAGCAAUUUCAACAAUUUUAAGAAAAUGUAUUUUUAAAUUCUAUACUUUUGUUUGCUUUUAAAUUCACUUUUAAUUAUAUAUACCUUAAUAUUGGGGAGAGGAGUAAUUCACCCCAUGAAAAUAAAAAAAAUAUAAGCUUAUAUUUGUUUCCAAAUUCAAUUUAAAACUUAAAGAUGAGACUAAAAUGUUUCAUAUUUUUUUACUGAUAUUCUUGAACCCAAUCUCAAAUAGUUUAAGUGCAAAGUUGUAAUAAUCAUGAAUUUAGGGUGUGUACCUUAGUUUUCAGAAUUAGUUUCUUUAAAAUUAUUAAAUAACAAUGACAACAAAUAAAGUAAAAAUUAUACAGUA